CAAUCCUGCUUGCCUACGUAUGCUGUUCAGCUCAUUUCUAAACAUCUGGACUCAAUCAAAAGAUCACAAGUUGGAAAGCACUCAGCUGGCUCCCAGAAAUGCAUUUAUCUAGCAGACCAUUUUGCACAACUUUAUUGUGUUAAUGAGAGGCCAUAGGAGCCCAAACAGCCAUUUUAAAUCAUUCAACUUUUGCAUUCUUUCUUCCUUCAGUGCCGAGCCAGCAAGAAUUACAUUCAAGCCUCAAGUGCCAUUCUUGGAGUGUUUUCUUUUCAAUUAUUCAGGAAAGUUUACUGAAACAAUGGCAGCUGUACCACUCAGAUUCUUAUUAAUUUCUUUCUUUACAUGUAUCCCUGGAGAUGCACAGUAUGUCAUGCAAGAUGCUGCACUGUUGCAUUAUAUCAACCGAAGAAUUCUCUCAGUAGAGAACAGACUGGAGAAGUGCAAUAGAGAUAUAGUGGACUUUGUACAAGAAUUUCGGGAGUUUUCUAAGAGGAUGAUGUCUCGCCUGGAAGGACUCAACGUUUUAAAGACAGAACUUAAAAAUGAUGUGGACCAUUUGCUAUCAAGAGUGGAAAGAGCUCAAAGAGAAAUUGACUACUUUGAAUCAGAAAAAGAAUCUUCUAAUACAUGUGUGGAAAUAGAUGAAGAUCUUGUAGAGCAGCAGUUAAUCGAAGAGGAAGAGACAAGAAGGAAAGUGAAGCUCAUGCUUAAUGCAAGUUGCAACUACAUGCUUGCAGGCAUCAAAUCCCUAAAGAUAGUAAAGAAGGCUGGAGACACUGAUGGCUCAUGGUUGAAAGACCCAGAGAAGAAUUACCAGAAGAUUUACUUCUUAACUGGGACAAAGAACAAAAUUGUUUUAGAGUUUGCAAACAUUCGUGUUUUUACUGAAAGCAGUGACACACAAUCUGCUCGGAGAGUUGCCCUGCCCUUUCCCUGGCAAGGAACAGGCCACACUGUAUAUAAUGGUUUUCUCUUUUAUCACAGACAUGGCUCCUUAAAUGAGAUAAUAAAGUUUGAUAUUCAAAACAGAAGCACAACUGGCCAGAUGUUGCUGUCAGGUGUUGGUGAAGCACCUGCCUAUGAACUUAAUCCUUCUACUAAAAUAGACCUGGCUGUAGAUGAAUUGGGAUUAUGGACAAUCUACACAGAAUCAAAUACUAAUGGGAAACUAGUAAUUACUAAAAUUAACCCUGAAACGAUGACUGAGGAGCAUACCUGGGAUACACCCUGUAAAAGACAGAAUGCUGAAGCCGCUUUCAUGAUGUGUGGUGCGCUGUAUGUUUUGUACAACUCACCAGUGGGAGGUACAUCUCGCAUAGAGUGCAUUUAUGACACUUUACAAACCAUCAGUCCACAUGAAGUCCUCCAGUUUCAUUUUCCCAAACGUCAAGCAAGUCAUUCCAUGGUACAUUAUAACUCCAGGGAAAAGCAGCUGUUUGCCUGGGAUAAUGGGUCCCAAAUUAUUUACAAAUUCCUGACAAAGCAAAAAAGUUAAACAAAAACACAUAAAUGAAUUUGUAAAUGCUAGAAAUCAAAGCACAGAAUAUAUCUCGGGGGUUUUUUCAGUUUGCUCUUUUUCUAAACUUAAUUUUACAGCUAUUGAUUUUUUUUAACAAAAUAGAUUUCCACUCCAGUUCCAAGAUCCAUGAAAUCUGCUCUGCUCAAGGCAGAUUAUCUCCCUCUUUGCAAAGAAAGAAUUUGCAGAAGGGAAGAAAAGAAUGGCUCCCUAACUUCAUCACCAAGUAUAUAACCUGUCCCUGGGCUUGUGGAUUUUAGUCCCAAGUUUUCCAUUGAACACAUAUGGAGCUCUGGCUGCAGAUGAUCUCCCAAUAAUAAACUCCUGUAUCCACAGUAGGGGACAGCCAUGGGCACCAGCUCAUUUAACUAUGUGGACUGCCUUCCUUGAAAUGGGACCUGUGUCUAAAGUUCUGAUUGCUCUUCUUGUAAUAUUGCUUAAUUCUGAUGCAUUUUAAAUGGCAUACAAGGAUUAACCCGAAAUUGCAAAACAGAAGUCCUGUUGUCCAUUCUAUGUAAUGUCAUAAUUAACUGAAAGCUUGUUAAUGUAGAGAAUAUAUUUCUUUAAAUGUUCAAUAAAGGUUUAUAUAUUGGCA